AUGCUGAGCCGCUACAGUCGCCAGCUGUUGCAAGUCCGGAGUCUUCACUUCCCACUGCUUACUCGCCGACCGCUUUUUCUCUGCCCUCUCAGCUUCAUGAAGCCGCAAGUCGUGUUUGUCCUUGGCGGGCCGGGCGCCGGCAAGGGAACCCAGUGCACCCGCAUUGUCGAGAAAUAUGGCUAUACACACCUUUCUGCAGGAGAACUUCUUCGUGAUGAAAGAAAGAACCCAGAUUCACAAUAUGGUGAACUCAUUGAGAAGUACAUUAAAGAAGGAAAGAUUGUGCCAGUUGAGAUAACCAUCAGCUUGUUGAAGAGGGAAAUGGAUCAGACAAUGACUGCUAACACCCAGAAGAAUAAAUUCUUGAUUGAUGGGUUUCCAAGAAAUCAAGACAAUCUUCAAGGUUGGAACAAGACCAUGGAUGGAAAGGCAGAUGUAUCUUUUGUUCUGUUUUUUGACUGUAAUAAUGAGAUCUGCAUUGAACGAUGUCUGGAGAGGGGAAAGAGUAGCGGUAGGACUGAUGACAACAGAGAGAGCUUGGAGAAGAGAAUUCAGACCUAUCUUCAGUCAACAAAGCCAAUUAUUGAUUUAUAUGAAGAAAUGGGGAAAGUUAGAAAAAUAGAUGCUUCUAAAUCUGUUGAUGAAGUUUUUGAUGAAGUUGUGAAGAUUUUUGAUAAAGAAGGCUAA